AUGAAACUAAAAGCAUCAAAGUGUGAAUUCGCGCGCAAAGAAAUUAAGUUCCUUGGCUUUGUAUUAAGUAAAGAAGGCAUAAGACCUAACCCGGAAAAGACCAGAGCAAUUGACGACUACCCCACAAAUAGAAACCCCACAGACAUCAAAGCUUUCCUAGGCAUUUGCUCUUUCUUCCGCAGAUUCGUACAUAAUUUUGCAGCGAUUGCUUCACCACUUACAGCACUAACAAAGAAAGAUGCACCUUUUAUAUGGACCGCCGAAUGCGAAGACGCUAUGAGACGCCUGAAAGAGGCGCUCACCACAGCGCCGAUCCUAGUUGCCCCUACGCUAGGCUUACCAUUCGUUAUAGAAACCGAUAGCUGUGGAAAAGCCGUCGCGGGAGUUUUAAAGCAAGAACAAGACGAACACUUGAAAGUAAUUGCUUACGCUAGCAGAACUCUAAAUGUCCAUGAAUCUCGUUACCCCGCCAUAGAACUGGAGGCGCUAGGUGUAGUAUUUGCCGUACAGAAAUUCCGACCAUACAUUGAUGGCGCACAAUGCACCGUUAUCACCGACCACGCCCCUCUUAAAGCACUCCUCCAUAGGAAAGAUUUGACCGGAAGAUUAACAAAACCCGGAAAAGCCAAUGUUGUGUGCGACACACUCUCGAGACAUCCUCCCCAAGUAAAUGCCACUCAAACAGGCACAAACACAGAAAGCACUAUUGAUCUUUCCUCGCCAGAUAUCAUUGACAGCAUUAAAGAAGAACAAAACAAAACACCCUGGAUCGCAUCCUACAAGCAAGCUAUCGAAAACGAUGAGCCAAAUCCUUACGUUAGAGACUACAUUAUCCUGAAUGGUAUCCUUUACAAACUUCCAGAAAAGGUUUAUCAGGAUCCCCAGAUAAUACUUCCAGAAGACUCUGACAUCAAAAACACUCAUCAAGCAAGUGCAUGA